AUGACGCGGCUGGAGCGCGACGCGCGGCGCGGCGGGGCCGGCAUGUGGCGGCCGCUGGCCGCGCUCGCCGCCCGCGGCGGCACCGGAGCCCGGCGGGCCAGCGGCGGAGCUUCCCCGGCCCCGCGCCGCUGCCGCUGCUGCUGGCGCUGCUCGCCCGCCACUGCGGCUGCGGGAGGCGCGCCGGGCCCGGCAGCGCUGCGGGCCCGGGGACGCGGCCCGCGGCACCGGGAGAGGAACCGGGAGCGGCUCCGGGAGCGGCGGCUCCGGGCGCGGCCGCUGGGGAGGGCCCCGGGGCCGGUGCGGGCCGGGCGCGCCGCGGGGCAGCCUGAUGGCCGCGAUCGGUGCCGGGGCCUUCGUGUGGGACGGGCAGCGCAUCGAGGAGGAGGAGCUGAGGCGGUCGCGCAGGAGCUGCAGGCGCUGGACCCCAAGUUCUCAAUUUUUGGCUCCUACACCGACGUCACUCCCAGGCAAUUCUUCAACGUCCAGCUGGACACCGAGUACCGGAAGCAGUGGGACUCGCUGGUGCUGAAGCUCGACGUGGUGGAGCGGGACCCGGCCACGGGGUCCGAGGUGAUCCACUGGGUUACACAGUUCCCGUACCCGAUGUACUCCCGGGAUUACGUUUACGUCCGGCGCUACAGCGUCGACAGCGACCGCAACCUCAUGGUGCUCGUCUCCAGGGCCGUGGAGCAUCCCGGGAUUCCCGAGGACCCCGAGCACGUCCGGGUUCGGAGCUACGAAUCCCACAUGGUGAUCCGGCCCCACCGCGGCUUCGACGAGAACGGCUUCGAUUACCUGCUGACGUACAGCGACAACCCCCAGACCGUGUUCCCGCGCUACUGCCUCAGCUGGAUGGUGUCCAGCGGGAUGCCGGAGUUCCUGGAGAAGCUGCACUCGGCGGCGCUGAAGGCCAAGAAGAUGGAGCUGGAGCUGAGGGAUUACCUGAGCCCGGCCAAGGGCCCCGAGCCCCGCGGGGCCGCCCAGCACCUGGAGUACGCCUGGGAAAACGGCUGGAAAACAUCUGGGAAACGGUGGGAAAACGAAAUAAGGAAAUUCGGGAUCCAGGAUUUUGGGAUUGCGGAAUUUGGGAUCCAGGGGUUUGGGAUCUGGGAAUUUGGGGUCCAGCACCGAGUCUGA